AUGGACGGUGACAGCUACUCUACUAACAGCUCUGCUAAUAGCUCUAAUCAGAGCGUGUCAGGCACGGACACAAGCCGUGUCAACCUUGCUAAUUUCCCUUUGUUGAUGGCUGCUCUGGCCUCAGGUGUGUUGCGGGCGACCGCCCGUCCACCUCGAACGAGGCAACAGCAUCGCCCGUGGACCUACCAUCAACAUCAGGGGCCAGCAGCAACCCUCGCCCUCGUCAGAAGGGUAAAUCUUACGGGCGAGCUGUUUCGUGGAGCUCUGGAGGAAAGUAAGCAAGGAGUUUACAAGGUGAUAAGGUAUCCCGAUACCAGGUCAGACCUUGUGUUAUUUGUUUGA